AUACGUUUAAAGCGCUGUUCCUGUUUAUCGUAUCUUACCACUUUUUAAAGACCGUUGCUCCGUAAUGUUCUUAAUAACAGAGAUAAUUAAUAGCUCGUGAUUCAUGUAAAAAUAUUUCCUGUUCUAUUAUUCAAAUGUUAAUAUUUGCGAUGGAAGCCGGAGGACAAUGGAAUAGGCGGCCGUGGAUUACUCUCUUUUUUCUCUUGUGCUUCGAGAAGCUGGUGACAGCGCAGAUAAAAUACAGUGUCCCGGAAGAGGUAAAAGAAGGAUCUUUUGUGGGAAAUAUUGCAAAGGAUUUAAACCUUGAUAUCAGUAAUUUGGGGCACCGACGGUUCCGUGUAGUUUCUGGAUCUGAUGACGCUCUCCUCCAGGUAAAUCAGAACAAUGGCGAAUUGUAUGUCAGAAAGAGAAUCGACCGAGAGCAACUUUGCGAUGGAAACGCUGUUUGUUCGAUAAGUUUAAAAUGCGUUGUUGAAAACCCACUGGAGGUGCAUUACAUAGAGGUGGAAAUAACCGAUGUAAAUGAUAAUCCGCCAAUUUUCCCUCGAUCUGAGCAGCAAUUUGAAAUAGCCGAGCACACGCCUUUGGGGACACGCUUUCAAGUGCAGACAGCCAGAGACCCUGAUCUGGGAAUGAACGCUGUUCGAUUCUAUAAAUUAGGUCAGAAUGAAUUAUUUGAUAUCGACGUUAGAGAAAGGCAAGAAUCUAAAAUACCAUUUUUGGUUUUAAAGAAAGCGCUAGACAGAGAGAGACAAAACAAGCAUAGACUCGUGCUGACUGCGACUGAUGGAGGAAAUCCACCGAAGUCAGGCACUCUCAGCAUCACCGUUAUUGUCCUGGAUAUAAAUGAUAAUCGUCCCGUCUUUACUCGAGACUCCUAUUCCACAACACUCCAAGAAAAUGUGCCUCUGGGCACUGUCAUUAUUACGAUUAACGCAACCGAUUUAGACGAUGGAAUGAAUGGUGAAAUUGAAUACUCAUUAGGCGAAAAUGUGGACGGACAAGUACGCGAUCUCUUUAUGCUUAACAAGGUCACAGGUGAGUUAGAGGUUAGAGGGAAAAUCGACUUUGAAGACACAGAUGUUUUUAAAUUAGAUGUCCAAGCAUCUGAUAAAGGCCAGCCUCCGCUGAUAGCUGAAGCGGAGCUCAGUAUUAAAGUUAUAGAUGUUAAUGACAACUCUCCUGAAAUUGAGAUAACAUCACUUUCCAGUGUAAUUUCUGAAAAUGCAAAUCCUGGAACAGCUGUAGCUUUAAUCAGUGUUUCAGACAAAGAUUCUGGCGUUAACGGGAAAGUAAUUUGCACAUUGCCCGAAAAUGUACCAUUUGAGUUAAAAUCAUCAUUUAAACAGAACAUGUAUUCUUUAGUAAUAAAGGGGCGUCUGGAUAGAGAAGAAACCUCAAGAUACGAAAUCACUAUAACAGCAACUGAUUUAGGACAGCCACCUCUUUCAUCUUCUAAAACAUUAAAUAUACAAGUUUCUGAUGUAAAUGAUAACUCACCAGAAUUUAGCCAAAAUGUUUUUGAGCUAUAUUUACCCGAAAACAACGCCCCUGGUGGUUCUGUAUUCUCAAUUACUGCCUUGGACAAAGACUUAAAUGAGAAUGCGGCAAUAGUAUAUAACAUAAAUCAGGGUGAUGUGUCAUCCUUUCUAAACAUUAAUUCAGAAACCGGAACUAUUUAUGCACUAAAAAGUUUUGAUUUUGAAACCGCAAAAACUUUCCAUUUUCAAGUUGUUGCCUCAGACUCGGGAAGCCCCCCACUUAGUAACAAUGUGACAGUGAACAUGUUUAUUCUGGAUCAGAACGACAAUAUUCCAGUGAUUUUAUAUCCAGUGAGCGCUAACGGUUCUGCUGAGGGUGUGGAGGAGAUUCCCCGCAAUGUGAACGCAGGUCAUUUGGUGACUAAAGUCAGAGCCUAUGACGCAGAUAUAGGAUACAACGGCUGGUUAUUAUUUUCACUACAGGAAGUUAGUGAUCACAGCCUGUUUGGUUUGGACCGCUAUACAGGACAAAUAAGGACCCUUCGCUCAUUCACAGAAACAGACGACGCACAACAUAAACUGGUCAUACUGGUGAAAGACAAUGGGAACGUUUCUCUCUCAGCAACAGCGACUGUGAUUGUGAAAGUUGUGGAGCCCAAAGAGGCUUUUGCAGCUUCUGAUGUUACAAACGCAGUGAAAGACGAAGAGGAAAACAACGUGACGUUUUAUUUGAUCAUCACAUUGGGUUCUGUGUCAGUGCUUUUUAUCAUCAGUAUCAUCGUGUUGAUUGUAAUGCAGUGCUCGAAAUCGUCAGACUAUUCGUCCAAGUAUUUACAAGAUGCGAAUUACGACGGGACUCUGUGUCACAGCAUUCAGUACAGAUCUGGAGACAAACGGUACAUGCUAGUUGGACCCAGAAUGAGUGUCGGUUCUACUCUAGCACCUGGCAGUAAUAGGAAUACUCUAGUGAUACCAGAUCGCAGGAGGAGAGAUUCUGGAGAGGUAAGACUUUGA